GACACUGAGAGUGGGUGAGGCAAUUGGGAAAAACAGAGUGAGACAGAUAGGAGAGGGGCGAGGAAAAAUGCCCCUCGUUGCCUCUCAUUCUGACGCACACAUGCAAGCAAAACUUGCACACGCACACACGGAUCUUCAAAGCCGACUGCUUUUCAUAGUCUCCCUAUUAGCUAAAGAGAUUACAUCUGGGGCCCUGAACCAAAUAAAUAAGGUGAGAGGAGUGUCAGAGCUCAGUCUGCUCCACCUCAGGAUCCUCUCAGCACUUCAGUGGUGAGCAGAAAGGAAACCCACUUUUAAUCAGAGGGACACUGAGAGAGCUGGACACAGCAGGGAUUACAGGUUUUUUUUCCUACUGUGGAUUCCCCUCAUUUCAUCGAGAACAGAUUCGCUGGCCUGUUGCAUUCGGGUCGUUUCGCCAUUCUUCUCUAGAACAUUUUCUUUGCCUCUUGCUGUCCUCGUUCCCCCCAGUCCAACAGAACAGGGGGUUCUUCAGUGGAUUGUACGUGGGAGAGCAGGAGGAGGUGAAGCGGUUCCCUGAGGAGGUUUUUUGAGUUAUGGAUGUUGACACAUUCCUUCUGGACACGAAGAGAUCCGGAUCCAGCCUGAGCAGCGCAAGCAGACACUACCGCCACGGACGCGUCACUGGGCUUCACCUCCUGGUAUCACCCUUUCUCCCGGCCAGCUCUUCAGCAUGUACCUUUCUGUGAGGCUCUUCCCAGUCUUCCGAGCUCCAGGACAAUGUGCAAAUGGAAAGUGACUAAGGGUGCCUCAGCCUGGUUCCGUCUGUCCUGCCUUUCCCUGCCGCUGCUGCUCCUGCUCCUGUGUUUAGCUCUGCCUGUGGCCUGCCAUGACACCCACAGAGUCGUACGUGCCCCGAGGGGCACCAACUCCUCAUUGUCUGCCGUGGUCGGGCGGCAUGUGCGCAGCUACAACCACCUCACGGGGGACGUGCGCAAGAGGAAACUCUUCUCCUACCAGAAGUUCUUUCUCAGGAUCGAUAAGAAUGGAGAAGUCAACGGCACCAAAAGCAAGGACGAUCCGUACAGUACACUCGAAAUCAAGUCUGUGGAUGUGGGCAUCGUUGCCAUCAAGGGGAUUCAAAGCAAUUACUACCUUGCAAUUAACAAGAAAGGGGUGGUCUACGGGGCGAAAGAUUUUGGUGUUGACUGCAAGCUGAUAGAGAGGAUAGAGGAGAACAGGUACAACACCUAUGCCUCGGCAGAGUGGAGGAACCGGAAGAAGCCCAUGUUCGUGGGCCUGAUGGCCAACGGGAAGCCGAUGAGAGCCAAGAAGACCCGGAGAAAAAACACAGCCACACACUUUCUUCCCAUUCCUAUUGUGUAGCUACAACCCCACCAAAAGGGAACAUUUAACUGCACUGAGGAAAGACUUUGAAUUUUUGGACAGUUUGGAGAAGGCACUAUGUAAAGGAACUAAGAGAACUUCUUUUCACUGAGUCCGAUUGUUGUCACAUAUUUGUUUUUAAGUUAUUGGCACCAGGGAAAAUAUGGGACUUUUUUUUAAGCCAAACCCUUUUCUAGCAAAGGAAAGGUUGGACCAAAAUCUACAGAGAGGAAUCGGACAUUGCAGUCUCCCAGAAUGAACUGAAGAGACCUUUCACAGAGUGUAUUGCUUGUGUGGAUUUGUGUGCGUGACCUUUGGAUGCAGUUAUUUAUGCUGUACUAACUCAUACGAAACACUCUAACAGACUCUCAAACUCUGCGACUCAGUGGACUGAAAGUUAUGCUUACCGGAAGCACUUGCUCAAGGUGCAAGGCUGAGAGGCAGAGACGGAGACCCCGCAUCUUUCAUCCGAAUUUAGUCAAGCUAGCACCAUAGCGUAAAGAACUCUAACAUUAUUAACAUGCAAAAGCCACUGUAUUUGAUAUCUUCAUUCUUUACCUGACUGCUUUGGAAUAAAUUAUUUAUUUUAUGUAAUAUUUAAAGAAAAACAGACCAAAAAAAAAAAAAAAAAAACUUUGAAUGGACAUUUUUUUUUAUCAUGUAUGCUCUUCUUUUAAAAAGCUAUUCUAUCGGUUACACAUGAAUAAAUAAAUAUAUUUCUCCUUACC